GUACAAUAACACUGUGACGUUCCAAGUUUGUUGUAUCACUACAUGACGUUCAUGGCUUCGGAGCCAAAUUGGAGUGAACGCGGAGCAGAGAGUGGAAUUAGGUGGAGCGAGGAAACUGUUGUUUUUUAAAGUCGAAACAUCGGUGUUUUCUCUCAAGAACGGAAUGGGAUUUUGUUUGCAGCACGUAGCGGCUUUUGGAAAAUCAGUACGUCCACGGUUUCUCUAGUGAAUUGACGCAGAGAUUUGUUUAAUUUACCUGAAAGUAACCGCGUUUGAGUGUUCUCAUUCUCCAUCGCUCGGUGUGGGCUUUCAUUCAGGGAGCGGGAAAUGUAAAAUGAGGAGCCAAUCGAUUACAGAAAGCUUUGUGUGAGACACGGGGAAUUAUUCGCCAAAAAGUACAUACAAAACACCUUAGCAACUGCCUAACAACUACCCAGAACGCCUUAGCGACCACCUAUCAUACCUUAGCAACCGGAUGGCAACGCCUUUGCCUUGUCAACCACCUUUGCACCUGAAAGUAGCCGCGUUUGAGUGUUCUCAUUCUCCAUCGCUCGGGGUGGGCUUUCAUUCAGGGAGCGGGAAAUGUAAAAUGAGGAGCCAAUCGAUUACAGAAAGCUUUGUGUGAGACACGAGGAAUUAUUCGCCAAAAAGUACAUACAAAACACCUUAGCAAUUGCCUAACAACUACCCAGAACGCCUUAGCAACCGCCUUCGACGCCUUAGCGACCACCUAUCAUACUUUAGCAACCGGAUGGCAACGCCUUUGCCUUGUCAACCACCUUUGCACUGUUGAUCUAAAAAAAAAAGUGAAUUACAUAAAAUGAUGACUUUUAAAUGUUUUUUUUUAAUUAUUAUUUAACUUUUUUCUUUUAUGUAACGUUUAUUCAAUUUGAUAUGUACUGAAUUAUCAGUAUAAUAUUUAAUAUUUAAAUAGGCCUAUAUAAUUUAUGAUAAUCAACCAAUGUUAAAAUAUGCCAAAGGUAAAUAUGCCUCUGAAAAUCACAUCUAGGGGACAGAUGUUGCUUAGCCUAAUGGAAAAUGUAAUUUCUGACUUAUCUUUUAUCAAGAGUAUUGAGUUGUGUGUUCUCUCAGUUCAGUGUUAUCAGCUCGUGGGGGUCUGGCACGAAGCCACCGCACUAUCCAGCCAUCCGAACACAGUCUCCCCUCCUCCGGUCAGAAAUGCGAAUCCGUACGGAAAUCGGAAAAUAUGCUUGCAGCACUUAGGAAAAGUAGCCUACAACUCUCCGCCGCGCACUCUCCGUGUGCAACUCCAAAUGAAUCGCGUGUCUCUCACACAGCUCUCGUUAACGGAAUGAUUCAACUGCUGGAGGAUGAGAGUGAACGGUCGCGGUACUUUGCAAAUAAGCGCUGCCGGUAAACGGUCCGGUUGACUAAGGUUGUUUUGCCGGAAUCUCCGAGCGUCACUACUACAGCUGUAUCUACAUGUGGCGGCUUUCACAUCACCACAGCAUUUCGCUUUAAAAGGCUACGGGAGAGCAGGAACAAAAUACCUCACUAGGAACAUGGGCCAAUCUGGGACUUCAUUCUAUUUUUCUCUUGCUCUAAACCUCAGCAUCUUCCUCUUAGUUUUCUCCUAUGAGCUUAUGCCAGCCACAGCAGGCAGCUCUAAAUCGAGCUUAGAUGUAGAUACAUCUCCAAACGAAACCUCUUCACAUGAGACAUGUGGUGGUAGUUUUGAGUGCAAAGAGGGCGUGAUCUUGCCAAUGUGGAUGCCGGAGAACCCGUCUUUUGGGGAUAAAUUGGCCAGAGCCACUGUGUACUUUGUUGGUUUGUUCUACAUGUUCCUGGGGGUAUCCAUCAUUGCAGACCGCUUUAUGGCUUCCAUUGAGGUCAUCACAUCCCAGGAGAAAGAGAUCACCAUCAAGAAGCCAAAUGGAGAAACCACAACCACUACUGUUCGUAUUUGGAAUGAAACAGUCUCGAAUCUAACUCUCAUGGCUCUGGGUUCGUCAGCCCCAGAGAUUCUGCUUUCCGUGGUUGAAGUGUGUGGACACAACUUUGACGCAGGCGAGCUGGGCCCAAACACCAUUGUUGGAAGUGCAGCUUUUAAUAUGUUUGUCAUCAUCGGUCUCUGUGUUUCUGUGAUACCAGAUGGAGAGCAUCGGAAGGUCAAGCACCUGCGGGUGUUUUUUGUCACUGCCACUUGGAGUAUCUUUGCAUAUACGUGGCUUUAUCUGAUCUUGGCGGUGAUUUCCCCAGGUAUCGUGGAAGUCUGGGAGGGACUGCUUACUCUCUUCUUCUUUCCAAUUUGUGUUCUUUUUGCUUGGGUUGCAGACCGCAGGCUUCUAUUCUACAAGUAUGUGUACAAACGUUACAGAGUCGGAAAACAAAGGGGGAUGAUCAUCGAGACCGAAGGUGAGCCGGAGCUCCAGUCAAAGGCGGAUAUCGAAAUGGACGGCGGGAUGCUUAACUCUCACGGCGAGGAGUUCUUAGAUGGAACGGUGGAUGUUGAAGAUAAAGACAUGGAUGAGGAUGAGGCCAGGAGAGAAAUGGCUAGGAUAUUGAAGGAGCUGAAACAGAAACAUCCGGAAAAAGAGAUGGAGCAGCUGGUUGAGCUCGCAAACUACCACGUCCUCAGCCAGCAGCAGAAGAGUCGUGCGUUCUAUCGCUGCCAGGCCACUAGGCUCAUGACCGGUGCGGGUAAUAUACUAAAAAAACAUGCAGCAGACCAGGCCAGAAAAGCACUUGGCAUCCAUGAACUUCGCUCGGAAGUAUCAGAUAAUGAUCUUUCCUCCAAGAUCUUCUUUGACCCUGGCACAUAUCAGUGUCUUGAGAACUGCGGAACGGUGGCUUUGAAUGUGGUACGACGCGGCGGCGACUUAACUAGCACUGUGUCGGUGGAGUACCGCACUGAGGACGGCACUGCCAAUGCAGGCUCUGAUUACCAGUUCACAGAGGGUGUUAUAGUCUUCAAACCAGGUGAAACCGAAAAGGAGAUAAGAGUGGACAUCAUUGACGAUGACAUUUUUGAAGAAGACGAACACUUCCUGGUUCAUCUCAGCAACGUCAAGGUCAUAUCUGAAGGAACCGACAAUGGGAACCCAGGCGCCAAUCAUGUGGACACAUUAGCUGGCCUUGGCCUUCCUUCAACAGCUACUGUGACUAUCUUUGAUGAUGACCAUGCUGGCAUCUUCACAUUUGAGGAACCAAUGGUUCAUGUCAGUGAAAGCAUUGGCAUGAUGGAGGUGAAGGUGGCACGUACCUCUGGAGCCCGUGGAGUAGUGGUAAUCCCCUAUAAAACAAUUGAAGGCACAGCAAAAGGUGGAGGAGAGGACUUUGAAGAUACCCAUGGUGUCUUGGAGUUCCAGAACGAUGAAAUUUCCAAAACUAUUCAGAUCAAUAUAAUCGAUGACGAGGAGUAUGAAAAGAAUAAGAACUUCUUCCUGGAGAUUGGAGAGCCACAAAUGGUGGAAAUGAGUGAGAGAAAAGCUAUGUUGCUGCAUGAAUGUGGUGGAUUCGUGAAGACAGAUAAGCAGCUUUAUGGCAGGGAUGUGUACCGGAAAGUGCAGGGUAGAGACAAGCCAAUUCCCUCCACCAUUAUCAGCAUCACAGAGGAUGGGGAAGAGGAGGCCAUGACUAAAAAAGAGAAGGACGAGAGGCGUAUUGCUGAGAUGGGUCGCCCAUCACUGGGUGAACAUGUAAAAGUUGAAGUAAUCAUUGAGGAGUCCUAUGAGUUUAAGAGCACAGUCGACAAACUCAUAAAGAAAACCAACUUGGCCCUUUUGGUUGGGACCAACAGUUGGAGAGACCAGUUUGUAGAAGCCAUCACUGUCAGCUCAGGGGACGAUGAUGAUGAAGAGUGUGGUGAAGAAAAGAUGCCAUCUUGCUUUGACUACGUCAUGCACUUCCUGACAGUGUUCUGGAAGGUUCUGUUUGCGUUCGUGCCGCCCACUGAUUACUGGAACGGCUGGGCGUGUUUCAUCGUGUCCAUCAUCAUGAUUGGCGUCCUCACUGCAUUCAUUGGAGACAUUGCUUCCCAUUUUGGAUGCACUAUUGGCCUGAAAGACUCUGUAACUGCGGUUGUGUUUGUGGCGUUGGGAACCUCUGUGCCAGACACAUUCGCUAGUAAGGUGGCAGCCAUCCAGGAUCAGUACGCUGACGCCUCCAUCGGCAAUGUGACGGGCAGCAAUGCUGUGAACGUCUUUCUGGGCAUCGGAGUGGCCUGGUCCAUUGCUGCCGUCUAUCACCAGGCAAAAGGCCAGUACUUCCGCGUGGACCCCGGCACGCUGGCGUUCUCCGUUACCCUUUUCACCAUCUUUGCCUUCAUCUGUGUCGCCGUCCUCAUGUACCGCCGCAGGCCCGAGAUCGGGGGUGAACUGGGUGGUCCGCGGACUCCCAAAAUCCUGACCACAACGUUGUUUUUCAGUCUCUGGCUGAUGUACAUCAUCUUAUCCUCCAUGGAGGCAUAUUGCAUCAUCAAGGGUUUCUAAAUCAGGCAUGGGUUGAUGCCGCAGACAGGAUGUCAUCGUUAAAAUCCUCGUAAACAGGACUGAAAGGAGGAAAGGGUUCAAAAGAGGAGUUCAAAGCAGCCAUGGAGGAUUGCAGAUGUUUUAUUGUGCGUUGUUGUGUUAUCCACUGUAUGUUUCGUAUGUGUGUGAAUACACGUGUGUUUCUGCUGUUGAGAUGAUUCUAGUCUUCAAAGAAGAAAGGAAGAGGGACUAAAGGGGUGGUCUAAAGCUUUUUAAAAAUUUACAUUGUUUUUUUUUUUUUGACAAAGCUGUAAAGAUUUCAGGAAAAAUAUAAUAUUGGAAUGUUAUUGAUUUGGUUGACUGAUUAAGCUUUACGGCCCGUUCACACAAAGAAUGAUAACUAUAUUAGCUUUCACACCAGCGGACGAUAUCGUUCUGUUUAUUAUAAGCACAUGCUGCAGUUUUGUUGUCUGCCGCUUUAAAUGCUCGAGCUAUUUAAAGUAGGCUGAAUUCUGAUUGGCUGUCAAUGUUUUUAUCGUUCAUCAGUUGGAAAAAAUCGUUGCGAAAGUGAUUCCAACAAUACUGUUUAUCUGUGCCAUUAACUGUGGACUAUAACUAUAUUUUUAUCAUUACUUUUACAGUUAUCAUCCUUGGUGUGAACGGGCCUUUAGCCUUUUGAAAUCUGUAAUAUGACAACAGCAGAUUCAAUUUAAUUCAAAUGACAUCUAAAAUUCCAGUGGCAUCAAAAAUGUCAAAUGGUACAAAAACGAAUGACCUUUGAACCUUCAGUGGUCAAGCAAUCACUGUCAUUUUAAAUCUCAUUCAUAUACUUGAAACAUUUUGCAGGAGAGGAAUGUUCAGUGAGCAGAAAUCAUAGAGUAAACGAACUCAAAAUCUGUGUUUAAAGAUGAAGAUAUCUGCAACGAACACUUUUUGGACCUACAAACGGGUGUUUUAAACAAUGAACGAUAUCAAGAGACCUUUUUUUUUUUUCAGAUUUUAAGACAUAAACGUGUGGAUUUGUGAGUAAUUAUAAGCUUUUGACUUGACUUUAUUUGAGAUUUACAUAAUUCAGUGUGUUCAAUGUUUCCAAGUAACCUAAAAAAUGAUUUAGAGAAAAACACUGUGCCACCUUCCAGCCUCGUUACACGGGACAAUGUCUCUCAGCUGAACUCCACAGACUUCAUAGGAGACAGUUACUGAGGACAGUCGAAAAUAUUAUUAAAUGUAUUGCAAUAUUUUGUGUGUCCGAACUUGUAUAUUAUGUGUUUUUCAUGAACUCUGAGACGUUUCCAUACGUUUCUAGUGCAGGUAUCAGUAGUUUUAGUGCAUACAAUCAAAUCAAAUCCUAUGUCUGUCUGAGUAUUUAGUCAAGAAAAUCUGUGAGAAGUUAUUUUGACUUUGUACAAAAGCAAAUUUAGAAGCUGUUGUUUUUAUUCUUUUUAAUACUACUAUAUGAGGAAUGCAUGUUAUAUCUCCUGUGUUUGUGUGACUUCUCCCUUUAUGAAGAAAAGGCUGUAUUUUUGUAAUUCACAGUACAACACCACAUGUAUGAUAGAAAGUGAACUGAGACACUGGGAAUAUGAUCUUAUUGUAAAUAGCGUCCAGUCUUCAAAUAGGCAGGCCUAAUUCAGGAUAUAUGACUAUUUUUACCCAUUUGAGGACACAAGCCACUGGUAAAAGCUUUUUUCUUUUUCACUUUUUUUUUUUUUGGUCAGGACAUAUUACACACAAACACACACGGGUGGCACUAUUUAUCUACUCCAGCACGAGUCACUCGACUCUCAGCCUCAUUUACAGUAGGCCUACAUUUCGCAGAUAUGUUGAAGUAGUUUUCCCUCGCUUGUGCGAGUGCUCAGUACCUGUAAGUUUCAUUCUGAUUAAUGUCAUCUGUAUGAUAAUACAAUCUUUUUAUUUGGAACAUUG